AUGGCAGAAUACCAGUGUCAAGAAACAUCUUCGAUAUGUACAAAAUUUCAGUCAGCUAUUUGUUUACAUUGCAACCUUCGAUUAUGUGCUCUGCAUAUCACGGAACAUAAUCAGAGUACUCCGCGUAAUGAUGUCGAAAAACUUUCUAAUUCAGCUGAAGUAAUUCAUCAACAAAUCAAAAAUAAAUCAGAUAAAAGUAGAGAGAUACAUAAUAGUUUAGUACUAUCUAUUGAUAAAUGGCAAGUAGACGAAUUAGCAAAAAUUGAACAAAUUUAUCACCAUGAAUUACAAAUUAUGAAUUUACGACAAAAGACAUUAGAGACACUUCAUAAAUACUUGCUGGUACAACUUGAAUUUAAUGCUCGACAAACAUUAGACCGUAUAAGAAUAAAUAAAAAUCUCAACAUCAAAGUAUUUAAUCAUAUUCAAAAAAUAAUCCAAAAAGUACGAGAAGAUAGUGUACACUUGAAAUGGCAUUUUUCGACUCCAAUAACAGCGAAGAUAGAUUCAAAUUUUCCAUUCAUACCAUCUCAAAUUCAAUUACCAAUAACUAAUCUGAACAGUACGAAUGAUAAACAGUCAAUUACAGAUACGAAAAAGACUUGUCAACCUAUAAAAUCACAACGAGUUCGUCCAGACAAAUACUUAAUUGAUCGAUUUUCUUCUACGUCAUCGAUCGCAACAAGCAAAAGCGAUAUAAAACUCUAUAUUAAAGAAAAAAACUUAAAAUUAUUAAUUAUUGUCGAUGCAUAUCUUACAGCUUGCCAUAAUAAACCAUUAGCAGAAGAAAAACUUUCUCUUUUAAAUGAAUAUAUAUCAACAAUCAGACGAUAUUUACGAAGGAAUGAAACUAAUUUUGAUAUUCUAAUUGGAAUACAAUUAUUCUUUCUCAAUAAUAUAUUUCAUGAUAACGAAAAGAAUGGAAUUAUGUCAUUUUUAUUACAAUUUUUUAUUAAUCAUCAAUGUAUCAAUCAAAAAUUAAUUAUCGAAUGGUAUAAUAGUAAUGAAGGUAGUCAAUAUGAAGGUUUCGAACAAGCAAAACAACUAGCAAAAUCAUAUAUUAACACAUUUUCAAUGAUCAACGAGAACUCACAAGCAAUUGCACUUUAA